UUCUGAACCCACUGUGUUAGUUGUUGGCAAUUUUGACCAAGCAAUGGGUGAGAGAGACAUAUUGGUUGAAACCAAAAGUGGUCUUCUAAAGCGUAUAAAUGAGCUUAACGCUUCUUAUCUGGCACUACAAUAUCUUCUAUUGUUGCCUUAUGGUGAGGAUGGUUACCGAGAAGACAUACUCUUCGCUGAAGGAACAAAAACAAGUGAAGAUGGACAAAAACAUGUCAGUGUCCGCAAGUAUUUUGCUUACAGGAUGUAUGAUAGAGACCAUGAACCGACUACUAUUGUUUCAACAAGAAGACUGUAUCAACAGUUUAUUGUUGAUGCAUAUACCAUGGUCGAAUCAUCGAGGUUGCAAUAUAUUCGGUUCAAUAAAAAGAAACUCCGUUGUGAUAUCUAUAACGGUUUGGUCGAUGCAGUUCUUCGUGGUGACACGGAACCCAGUUCCCGAGGAAAGAGG